AUGAUGCCUCCUUCUCAGGGGCCUUGGUUUUCUAAAUGCAGGUUUCAGUUACAUGUUGAAAUACUAUCUGGCUUCCAAAGCAACCUGCAAAUUAACUACUUCUCUUCAUUACAGACAAACCUCCCAAUUUUCAAAUUGAAGGAGUCGUGUGUGAGGAGACGAUACAGUGACUUCGAAUGGCUGAAAAAUGAGCUGGAACGAGACAGUAAGAUUGUAGUGCCACCACUGCCUGGAAAAGCUUUGAAACGACAGCUUCCCUUCCGAGGAGAUGAAGGCAUCUUUGAGGAGUCCUUCAUUGAGGAGCGGAGACAGGGACUAGAACAGUUUAUAAACAAAAUUGCUGGACACCCACUGGCACAGAACGAACGCUGCUUACAUAUGUUCCUGCAAGAGGAGACUAUUGAUAGGAAUUAUGUCCCAGGGAAAGUGCGCCAGUAGGAGCACCUGGCACUGUCUUCCUCCAUUUCACCCUCCCUCCUGCAAAAAUGACAUUUAUUUUUACACUAAAUCUGUCUUCUCUGAACCAGCUUUUCCUCUCUUGAACCUCCCAGUUUGUUCAGUAUUUUCCUCUUUUGUAAUUGGCAGCAGCUUGUUCUACUGGGCUGUGGUCUUGGCCUAAAGGUAUGAAGAUUUAUGCAAGUGUGUUGUCCCACACCUAGGGGCAGAUGUGAAUAGGUGUGGAGCAGGAACUUGCUUAUGGCGUUAUGGUGUAGGAGCUGCCUCUCUCCCUGUACAGGAAGGUAUGAGAUGACCUUCACUCCCCUGUCUGUGCAGCCCCAAGCAUCACUGCAGAAGACUCUGAAGAAUAGCAGUUGUCAUGUUGGUCAGUGAUUGCAUCAGGUAUUAGAGUUUUAGUAAGGCUUAUCCAAAACAGUGAGUAGGUGCCUGGGUGUGUUGGUCUCUCAUCCACCCCAUUCACCCUGCAUGAAACCCCCAUUCUUCACUGUCUGGAAGUGCUGAGACCCAAGACCUACUCUAGCCCUGCUCUCAGCCUCCUGCAUUACAGACCCGUUCAGUGUAUUUGUGUUAAUCCCCCUCCUUUCUAAUGUGCUGCUGGCAGCUCGAGGGGUUUCCAUGACGUGUGCUCUCAUGAUGCUCUGCAUAGGCGGUUUGGCAUGUGGAAGCUGGGAUAGCCUGGGCUGUAGCAGUGUGUGCUGUGAUGCCUUGGCCCAGGCUUUAAAAAAUGCCACAGCUUGCUCUGCCACAGGCUGGGGGGGGGGUGUGUCCAGCAGCACCCUGCUCAGCUGAGCUCUGGUGA